AUGGCAUCGGGACAAUCGCCGCCCACCCCAGGGCCAUGGUCGGCGAACUCUAUGGCUACGACCGGGCGGUCGGAGGAGGGCGGAGGGGGCGGCUUCAACGCCUCCCGAUCCGUCAAGCUGGACGAUCUGGUGUCGCACGACCCCAACGUGGGCGGGAGAGGGGGGAGCGGACAGGGACCUGGCGGAUUCACCACCACGCCCUUGCCGGCGGUCCCCCAGACUGCUGUCACAGCUGCAAAGCCGGCGGGAGAGAUACAAUCGUCAGCAGGGCCGAGCGAAUUCGUCAAGAAGCUGUUCAAAAUGCUGGAAGAAGAGGAUGAGACGUAUGGGCAGGGAUUUGAGCCCGGUAAAUCAAGAGGGCCGGGUGGGCAGCGAGGAAGCGUCGCGUGGGCAAGAGGCGGAUCGAGCUUUGUCGUUUGGGAUAUGAACGAGUUUUCGACCAAAGUACUACCUCAAACUUUCCGCCACUCGAACUUUAGCAGUUUUGUUCGACAGCUGAACAAGUACGGGUUCUCAAAGAUCAAGCAUAUUGAUGAAGAGACUGGCGUUCUGCGGGAGAAUGUAUGGGAAUUCCAACACCCCAGCUUUCAGGCCGGUGGCGGGUCGGACCUCGAGUCGAUAAAGGCAACAGAGACCUCACCCGCUGCUGUUUUGCCACCCGCGCCUCAAUACAUACCACCUCCACAGACGGCCGCACCGCCUCCGCAAAUGGAGUUCAAUCGAUUCGCCGAGAUGGAGGCGCGAGUACGAGGGCUGGAAGAAAAGCUCUUAUCCGCAGUGGAGGACGUGCAAAAAGCAAAAAUGAGGGAGCAAGCCACCUCGGGCUUGUUGAGGGAGAUCUUGAAUCAUAUGACCGCGACUGAAAGGGCCUCAUCAUCUCCCGUCGAAACACCCGGAUCUGGUGGUCCUUCGCCGCGCAUCAGAUACAUGUGGCAGAUGUUCGAGCAGCUCACGUCUGACCAUCCCCGCCCUCAACACCCCUAUGGCUUCAUGCAACCCCCGCGACAGCCCACGUCCGCCGACCAGCCGGGUGCCACCUCAGGUACGACGGCCUCGCCACAAACGGACGGCUCGCGGAACUCAUUUGACGGGGCACCUGGAUCAACCGGUUCGGGAUCGUACUGGUACGCCCAAGCUCCUCGUGACGAGGGCGACAUCAUGCCCUCCAUCCCGGAACAGUCGACCUACCGGAUGGAAAAUGGGGCGCCAGUGUAUAAUGAGCCACCCGCGUGGCUUACCAAAGGCGUCACAGUACCCAUGCCGAUGUACCAUCGGAAAAACUCGGACGGGGUGGCGUACAGGUUGAUGAUGGAGGCUCUGGGCGCGUCAGCCGCGGGGUACAACGCGACCGAGGAUCCAUCCGAGCCGGUCAUGCCAGCCAGAGCUCGCCCUCUCCCGCAACAGACACCCCUUCGCCAGACAUCCAUCGUCCAGACUUCACCUUUCGGCACGGUCCUCAUUCCUCCCGAAUCCUCCGUCCAUCCCGCCGCUCGCGUCAAGUCCAAGGGCAAGAAAAAAGACUCGACCAAGUCCAAUGGCGAUUCUCCCAAUUCCAAGGCGGCUCGGCGUGGAAGCGUCGAUCAGCCUCACUGGAACAAGACACCUCUCAUCUUGGUGGUCGAGGAUGACAUGGUGUAUCGGCAGCUGAGCAGCAAGUUUUUAGAGAAGUUUGGCUGUGUGGUGGAGACGGUGGAGAAUGCGCACGAGGCGAUAGCCAAGAUGAACAGCACCAAAUACGACUUGGUCUUGAUGGAUAUCUUCUUUGGGCCAAGCAUGGACGGGCGGAAAGCGACCAGCUUGAUUCGACAAUUUGACUCGUACACGCCAAUCAUCUCGAUGACGUCCAACAACCAGCCUCAGGACGUGGUGUCAUACUAUCAAUCCGGAAUGAACGACGUCCUCGCCAAGCCGUUCACCAAGCAUGGUCUCUUUUGCAUCCUCGACAAGCACCUCCUUCACAUGAAGGCGCUUCAGCUCUCGGCCGAGGUCCCGCGGUCCGUCGGCGUACCGCCUCUUUCGGAUCAAAGACUGCAAGAAGCUGUCGCGCAGGGCGCGGCCGAGGCGAGCGGGCUGUUGGGAAGGGGACCCGAGAUGAGGAACCCUCUCGCAGGGAUGGGGUGGAGUGAUGACACGUACCAAAUCGUGCUCGCUCAAUUUCUCCAAACCGGGAUGAUGCCCGAUGUUUCGACAUUCAACUUCAUCACUGGACAACCUAUACCUCUCGCAAUCGGUCAGCCUGAGUCGUCGGCGUCGUCUACUAUCCAGCCCAGCGGGAGUAGCACCGACAUUUCUGGCUCGAGUGCUACCGGCGGCGCAACCAUUCGACCCAACAUGGUCUUUGGCGACUACAACAAUCGGAAGCGGAGUCUGGAGGUGGGGGACGAGGCGUGGCGAACCAUGUCGGGGGUGUCCAGCACUGAUCUGGUCACGCCUGAUGAGAUGCCCGGAGAUGAGGGUGGGGAUGCGGGGCAGCGAGGUCCCGCAGGUCAGCAGACGGGGAAGCGAACGAAGAGGGUGUAG